CUUUGUUUACAUCAGAGUCCAGAGGAGAUCACAUCGGUGAGCGCGUCAGUGCUUCUCAGUUUUUGCAUUUGUCUUCCACACCAGCCAGGAGCAGUCAUGGUGGCCAUGACGAGGAAGGUGAAAACCUUCCAAAUCAUUUUUAUGGAUCCCAGCAAGACCUUCUAUUGCGGCGGAGACGAGUUGUGUGGCCGGAUAGAAGUGGAAGUGAACGAGGUGACGCGUGUUUCCGCAGUGAAGGUUCUGGGUCUGGGCUGCGCCAAAGUGGAAUACGCGAAAGGCAAGCAGCGUUGCCGACAGGAGGCCGAGUACCUCCGAUAUGAGCAGGUCCUGACCCUGAACGACCAGCCGACAGAUUCCGAUGGAUCGGUCCUCUUGAGGCCUGGCAACAAAUACGAAUACACCUUCAGAUUUGAGCUCCCGCAGCAAGGGCAGUUGGUAUCGUCAUACAAGGGGAAGUUUGGGUAUGUCCAAUACUAUGUUAAGGCCCUAAUUGAGAGGCCACAUCAGCCCACCCUGGAGUGCAAGAAACCCUUUGAGGUGGAGGAGCCCCUGGAUGUCAACACUCCAGACCUGUUGUCUCCCACAGGUGGAAUGAAGGAGAAGAAAGUCACCUGCAUGUUCAUCCCUGAUGGCCAGGUGUCACUGAAUGCAAAAAUUGAUCGCCGUGGUUUCUGUGAAGGUGAAGAUAUCUGUAUCAAUGCAAAGUUUGAGAACACCUGCUCACGGAUUGUGGUGCCCAAGGCUGCUAUCAUUGCUAAGCACAUCUACCAGGCUAAUGGGCGUACCAAGGUCUUCCGGCAGAAGCUGUCCUCAGUGCGUGGGAACCACAUCAUCUCCGGUAUGUGUGAUGCCUGGCAGGGAAAGACUAUCAGGGUGCCGAAGAUAAAACCAUCUAUGUUGGGCUGCAACAUAAUCCGUGUGGAGUAUGCUCUGAUGAUUUAUGUCCACAUCCCUGGAAGUGAGAAGCUGAUCCUGGAGCUGCCAUUGGUAAUUGGAACCGCUGGUCUGGGCAGCCGCAGUAAUAGCGUGAGCAGCCAGGAGGGUUCGAUCAGUAAUGCCUCUCAGAGCUGGGUGUCCCUCAGGAUGCCCUCUGGGCCUCCCAGCUACUCCGACAUCACCAGCGACUGCCGCCUGGACCAGCCCCUCACGCCACUCCUGGAUGACUUUGACGGAGACGAGAGCCCCAUCUUCAUGAACGUACCAUCCUUUAACUUUCCACCGCCCCCAGUUUACACUGAGGUUGACGAGGAGUACAGUGGCAGUGCCCGCAUGCAACCAGUCUGCUGAAGUCAAGCAGGGAUCAUGAAUCAGUGGUCCAGCUUUCAGGGACUGUUCAUGUAUGGCACUUGAAAAAGAGAGUAGGUUCAAACUCCAGAGAUGAUGUGUUGGAUGGAGAAGAAAAGCCAGAACUGUGGAGGUGGACAAAAAGAUGCUCACCUGUUCUGUCAGCUGUCUUCACCACGCUUCAUCAGCUAAGCUGAUCUUCUGACUUCGUCCUGGUGCGCCUCAGGUUGUAGAUGUGGAGGUGUAACCACAGAGCCUGUGGAUUGCUACACUUCUCAAUAAGCUGUUCCUUCCUGAGACUCAAACUGUCUGUGUCUCACUGUCCAUUCACAGCCACCUUGUGACUUUUUAUAAUGAUUGGGGCCAAGCAUUUGCUUCAGCCCCAGCCUGUUGUGACAUCUUCGCUUUUUUGGGGUUAGUUUUUUCCUCAUGAUGAUAUGUCAUUCCAAUUAAACCCCGUAUUUUGUGGGUUUCACUAGAGAAACCAUUCUAUUUGUCACUUAGGUCCAGUCAGUUUGUACUGAUCUAACAAAUUGUGUUGCCUUUGAGAAUUUAAGCAUGUAGGACAAUCCUCCUGGAUGAAUCUCAUGCUGCAUCCAUAUAUCUCCUGUAACAGUGUUGAAAAAAUGUGGAUAUUCCUGUAUUAUAUUGCACUUUUUGUUUGACGCAUUUGUUUCAUUACUGUCUGCAAGAGCUUCUGUUAGUGUGGUUUGAACAAUGAUUGACUUGUGGUGAGCAGAUAAAACACUCUGAACUUGUUGAAACCUCACAUAUAACUUUCAUUGGCUGUAAAUUCUUUCCAGUGAAAGUGCCAAACAUGAUUGUUACGAAUACAUGCUCUGAUAUCAUGGAAAGCACCUUAUGUGAGGAUUAUCAUUGUUUAUAAUCUACAGUUGUCCUAGACAACAUUUCAGUGGGAGAUCUCCACUGUGCUGGUUUCACAACUUCUGUUCUCUCAGACGCAAAGAAAAUCACUGUCAAAGACUGAUUUGUAACAAAGUAUGUUUGCAAUGCAUCCUUGAUACUUACAAGUAUUUUUCUAUGACACCCUAUGGGUGAGUUUUUUAUUAAAGAAAUUUGAAAACUAA